AGAUAUGAAGGAUUCAGGCCCACUCUAUACAGUAUCUUCUGUUUGUUAUUGAUGUCCUGCUAUUGUGGAAGUAAUUUGUUAAUUGUAACUUUCAUGCAGAUAAAAUAUAUCGAGCAGCUAAUGAAAUAUGCAAUUCAAUGUAUGAAAAGUUAAUUUUACCUUUAGCCUUAUACUGUGUGUGUGUUUGUGUAACAGUGUGUUUUAGUACUACUGUAGUGUAAAUAAAUUGCAUUAUUCAUUCACAUUAUUAAUUGUGUUUAAGCAUAAAACAUUUCUACAACAUUGUCAAUAGAAAUUUGAUUUAUUUAUUUUUUUCAUGUUGUUAUUACAGGUUAUGGCCUCAGUGUGGACCAAAGUUGAGAGCAGUUAAACCAAAGAGUAAUUUAUCUAUCUGUCAUUGUUUUAUUUUAAGGGUUUUGGAGGCUUAAAUGGGUGAAAGUGCCCAGUAUUUUACAGGAACAAACACAAAAUAUGAAACAUUUACAUUUGUGUGAAUUUGGAGUAGCGUAGGUUGGGAACCACUACUCUAAACUAAGUGUUGCAGAAUUUUGUUCUGACACUGAAUAAAUAAAUUAUUCAGAUUGUAUUUUUAGCUGUGAUUUUCAGUUAGGGACUUUGGAUUAUAUUGCAUGUGCACUGGAUGCUCAAUUUAAUUCACACUAUGGUUAAACAGCAGCUUUCACAUCAGCCUGACCCCUCCCUUUUCCAGUACGUUACAACGCACAGCCCUCCGAUUGGCUGUUUUCUUCGUGGCCUGGCAACCAGAAGAGGCUUUACCAAACAGAUAGAUACCCCAUCGGCAAGCAUUCGAGCUAGCUACAAUCGUUAGCUACCGCUGUUAUCUGGAGACAUUCGGCCGUCCAAAUACCAUCAUGUCUUCAAGGACUCUGCCGCUGCUCUUCAUCAACCUCGGUGGGGAGAUGCUGUACAUCCUGGACCAGCGGCUUCGAGCUCAGAAUAUCCCUGCUGACAAAGCUAAGAAAGUUAUGAAUGACAUCAUCACCACCAUGUUCAACAAAAAGUUCCUGGAGGAGCUUUUCAAGCCACAGGAGCUUUACUCCAAGAAGGCCCUGCGGACUGUGUUCGAUAGGCUGGCCCAUGCCUCCAUAAUGAGACUCAAUCAAGCUAGCAUGGACAAGCUCUAUGACUUGAUGACCAUGGCAUUCAAGUACCAGGUACUCCUGUGUCCCCGGCCAAAGGAUAUCCUCCUAGUGUCCUUCAACCACAUGGAUGCAAUCAAGGACUUUGUGAAAGACACUCCCAGCAUUCUCAGUCAGGUUGAUGAGACAUACCGACAGCUCAUAGAGAUGUAUACACCCUUGUCUAGUGGUGACUUCCAGCUGAUUAGACAAACUCUUCUAAUCUUCUUCCAAGACAUGCAUAUAAGGGUGUCUAUUUUCCUGAAGGACAAAGUACAGAACUCUAAUGGCCGCUUUGUACUUCCCACCAGUGGUCCUGUGCCUCAUGGAACACAAGUUCCUGGGCUGAUAAGGAUGUUUAGCUGUACUGGUGAAGAGGUGAACAGGCUGCAGUUCAACAAUGGAGGAAGCUACACCUCUGCCACCCGGGAAGGAUCUUUUGAGAUAUUUGGAGACAGGGUCACCAAACUAGGCACAAACAUGUACAGUGUUAGCCGUCCUGUGGAAACCCACAUGUCAGGAACGUCAAAAAAUUCUGCUCAGCACACAAAGGUCAAUGCUGCUCCCAACCCUCUGGCCAAAGAGGAGCUGAAUUUGUUGGCCAAGUUAAUGGGAGGGUUAGAAGUUCAGAAACCAGGAAACACAGACAGCGGUUUCCGAGUCAACCUCUUUGCCACCGAUGAGGAAGAAGAAGAGGCAUUCAUAUCAAGGCCAGAUGAGCUUUCAUAUGGAGUAAUAAACAUCCAAGCAACAAAGGGCAAUGCUGAGCUGGCCAAGAUCAUGGGAGAGUUCACAGAGUCUGGAGACCAAUCUCCCAGUGCUAGCAGCAAAGGAGACGACCUUCUGGCCAUGAUGGAUGGUCUGUGACAUGUCACCCAGACAGAAAUGCCCAGGGGGUGGGGCACAAUGCAUUGUCAGCAGUCCACUCUACUGUAGACCAGUCUGUUGUCUGUACCUGCACAAACACUGCAGCAACCUCACAUGCAGCCGGAGAACCUUCUUCCUUUGGGUGCUUUUCAAAUGCAGAUAUGAGCAGGUGUUUCCAUUGGUUGUCAAAUGAACAACUGCAAAUUUGCAUAGUUAACAACAAAGAAUGUGUCAUGAACCAAGCUUUGAGUUGUAAUACACUGUAAUAGUAUGUAUGCUGUAAACUGAAAAGAGUUUCAGUGCAUCAAAAUACACAGUAGACCUAUAUCAGUGUGUUGAACAUAUGUGUGUGGUGAUAGCAAAACAUCUGUCUGUUUAAUGUCAAGAUGUUACAUUUUUAAAAUCUAAUUCAAACUGCGCAGCUGUACGCAAAAUACACAUUUGAUUUCACACAAGGUCAUUCUCUUGAAUGUCAGUAAUACAUCACAGUUUUAGAGGAUUUUCAAGUUUGUUGUCCAUAAUUUUAUUUUUGUUUAUUACACAAUGCUAAGAGGGAGUUUGUUAACUUCUUCUAUAUUCUAAUUAACAAGUGAGUAAAUGAUACUGUGGGGUAAUCAGAGGAAACCCAAGUGCUCUUUCUGUCAUGAUUCAAAUUCUCAUAGAGCUUUAUUUUGGUAAGAAAUGUGUUUAUCUGACAUCUGUACUACCUUAGAACAUUAUGAGGAGCAACAGUAUGAGCAAGACAUUUUCCACGACCAUGUGAUGUCCCUGAAUGUUGAGAUAUGUCCCAGAAAUGUGCUCAUUAUUGAGUGCAUAAUUAUGAUAGAGAUGGAUGCAAUAUAAGAGAUUGUCUAAUAUGUAAAUAUGUUUAUUGCAUACUUAAUUUAUUUCAUUGUAUCCUUUUUUGUGUAUAGGGAAGUGCACAUUGCUGAAAUUGUUGAACGUGCAAUGUAGGAUUUUUAAUAAAUAGUUGAACUAUU